UAUUAAGAGUAUAAAUAAUAAUGGCCCAGCUUGAAAACGAUUGGUCUGAUUGGAAUCCCCUAGCUGAGCAUUAUUUUGAUGAGACUUCAAACAAAUAUGAAAGCGUCAACGAAGCACCUGCAAAAGAUAACUGUAAACAGGAUCGGAUUUCCAAACAAAUGCAAUAUCCAUACUUGGUUAUUAAAAAGAAUAAUCAAUUUAUUACUAACAAUAUGUUGAGAAAUUUUUUUGGCGACAUUAUUUACGACAUCGAAUUUCGCUCAGGAUCACGUGUAUUUUGUGUUUAUUUUCAUAAUAUUGGAUCUCUUGAGACGGCCUGGACAAAGAUUCGUCAGUUUCCAAAUAUUAUAUUUUGUGUCGAGGGUCGUUCACAACCAAACGACACUUUUUUACCUUGCCAACCAAAUGAGGCUGAAGAAACUAAAAUGCCCGAACCAGAACCAACUGCAAAUGCCGUGGACUUGGAAUCUCGCAAUAUUCAAGUGUCGGCAAAUCAAAAGAAGCAUCCGGAAUUCUUUAAACCUCCUAUAGUUAUCAAAGCUGACUACAACGGCAAAAACUCUCUGCUGGCCGUAAACGAUGUGAAUCAACGUUAUCUGAACGUUAAAUAUGAAUUCACGCUGGAGAGAUGUGGAGCUUACGAGUUGCAGAAGAUUGUUGAAAAGGAUCAGGCCGUGCUUUACUAUCGAUCCGGGCGCUUAAUAGUAACACCGCACAACCAACAGGAAUCUAAGGCGUGUGAUGGUGAAUCAAAGUUCCCGCAACUGGCAAAGAAGUGUUUAGCUUGCAAUUGCUACACUGACAACAGUUGCAAAUUUUGUCGGAUGCCCUUCUGCAAUCCAGUGUGCUUUGAUGCCCUAGCCACUGCGCACAAGGAGAGCUGCGAUAAGGGUAGACCGCCCGUGAUUGACGAUACCAUUACGACAAAUAUCACAAAGGUAAAGCUGCCGCCCUCCGGCAGCAACGUCAAAAUCACCGCAUUUGAACAGACCAACGUGUUGUACGUGCGCUCAGCUGAAAUUGUCGCCGAGAUUGCCUACUACAAAGUGCUCUCGGAUGUCAUGAUGCGGGGCAAAUUGGCGCCCAAGCUGACUCAGUUGCCGCAGUGCGGUCAGAUAGUCAUCUACAAGUCCAACAUUCAAACUGUACGAGCUAUGGUGCUUAAUGUCGACAAUCCGCAAUCCAUAUAUGUGGUGUGUGUGGAUUACGGCAACGUGGAGAUCACAACGCUCGAAUAUCUGCACGAGUGCAGCGUCUAUUUGGCAGCAUUGCCGCGCUAUGCUGUGCCCGUGCUGCUUCGCCGCGUACCAAGGCGCUACAUGUGCCCCAAUGUGCGUUGCAUGUUGUAUGAGCUGGACCACACCUACACAUUUGUGCUGAAGUACUCGGACCGUGAGUUUGACUUCGACAAGGGCAUGCAACGCGUCGUGCUCAUUGAGAGCGAACUAAAUCGCAGCUUAAAUGGAUUAAUUAAGACAAUAGUAACUCCCGUGGAGCCAUUACUAUCAGAAGCUGGAUAUAAGGAGGAUUAUUUGCAGCACGUGCACUUGCCAACUGGCAAAGGCCUCGACAUGGUCGUCAUGGAUAACACGUUCAUCAAAUUUGGUGUCAUUCACUGCACUAUUUUGGAUUAUGCAUACGAAGUAACUCAAAUGCAGCGCGACAUUCAAUUCUAUGGUGAAUCCGUUGCCAAAUGCGCGUUCUAUGCAGCGCCAAAAAACGAUUUAUGUAUUGCCAAAUACCAAGGCAAAUGGUGCCGAGGCCUGUGCAUGGAACUAGUGGGCGACGGUUACCCCAGCAUCUUAUUUAUCGACUACGGAAAUAUUAUCCCAAUUCAUGUUAAUGAUAUUCGCCCAUACCCUCCACAAUUUAUAUUCCCCAUAUUAACUACCGAAUACGAUCUGCUGGGCGUGCCCGCUGAUAUUACCGACGAGCAAUUGGCACGUCUCGAAAAGCAUUUGGCUGUUGGUGCCAUUGUAAAGUGCGAUGAGGUUAUUUACAACAAACACGAUAAUAAUUACUCGCUACGCAUAGACGCUGUUCAGAACCUUAUAAAGUAAAACAAAGCUUACAUAAAUAAACCUCGUUUUAAUACGUUUGCCAUAUUGCCUUAACCAAAAA